AGGAAGACGACGAGGACCGCGCCUGCGGCUUCUGCCCGCGCGCGGCGGCGGGACACGAGCCCGAGAUGGAGGAGCUGGUGAACAUCGAGCCGGUGUGCGUGCGAGGCGGCCUCUACGAGGUGGAUGUGACUCAAGGAGAGUGCUACCCGGUGUACUGGAACCAGUCUGAUAAAAUACCAGUGAUGCGUGGACAGUGGUUUAUUGAUGGGACUUGGCAGCCUCUAGAAGAAGAAGAAAGUAAUUUAAUUGAGCAAGAACAUCUCAAUUGCUUUAGGGGUCACCAGAUGCAGGAAAAUUUUGAUAUUGAAGUGUCAAAAUCCAUAGAUGGAAAAGAUGGCAGUGGGAUCAACUAUUCUGCUAUUCAUAGUUUCAAAUUGAGUCGAAACCAUGUGGACUGGCACAGUAUGGAUGAAGUAUAUCUUUAUAGUGAUGCAACCACAUCUAAAAUUGCAAGAACAGUUACCCAAAAACUGGGAUUUUCUAAAGCAUCAAGUAGUGGGACCAGACUUCAUAGAGGUUAUGUAGAAGAAGCCACAUUGGAAGACAAGCCAUCACAGACCACCCAUAUUGUGUUUGUUGUUCAUGGCAUUGGGCAGAAAAUGGACCAAGGAAGAAUUAUCAAAAAUACAGCCAUGAUGAGAGAGGCUGCAAGAAAAAUAGAAGAAAAGCAUUUUUCCAAUCAUGCAACACAUGUUGAAUUUCUGCCUGUUGAAUGGCGGUCAAAACUUACUCUUGAUGGAGACACUGUUGACUCCAUUACUCCUGAUAAAGUUCGAGGUUUAAGGGACAUGCUAAAUAGCAGUGCAAUGGACAUCAUGUAUUAUACUAGUCCCCUUUAUAGAGAUGAACUAGUUAAAGGCCUUCAGCAAGAGCUGAAUCGAUUAUAUUCCCUUUUCUGUUCUCGGAACCCAGACUUUGAAGAAAAAGGGGGUAAAGUCUCAAUAGUGUCCCAUUCCUUGGGAUGUGUAAUCACUUACGACAUAAUGACUGGCUGGAAUCCAGUUCGACUUUAUGAACAGUUGCUUCAGAAGGAAGAAGAGUUGCCUGAUGAACGGUGGAUGAGUUAUGAAGAACGACAUCUUCUUGAUGAACUCUAUAUAACAAAGCGACGGCUGAGGGAAAUAGAAGAACGUCUGCAUGGAUUGAAGGCCUCAUCCAUAACACAAGCACCUGCCUUAAAAUUUAAGGUUGAGAAUUUCUUCUGUAUGGGAUCCCCACUAGCAGUCUUUUUGGCAUUGCGUGGCAUUCGACCAGGAAACUCUGGAAAUCAAGACCAUAUUUUGCCUAGAGAGAUUUGUAAUCGGUUACUAAACAUUUUUCAUCCUACAGACCCAGUGGCUUAUAGAUUAGAACCAUUAAUAUUGAAACACUACAGCAACAUUUCACCUGUCCAGAUCCACUGGUACAAUACUUCAAAUCCCCUACCUUAUGAGCACAUGAAGCCAAGCUUUCUCAACCCAGCAAAAGAAUCUACCUCAGUUUCAGAGAAUGAAGGCAUCUCAACCAUACCAAGCCCUGUGACCUCACCAGUUUUACCACGCCGACACUAUGGAGAAUCCAUAACUAACAUAGGCAAAGCAAGCAUAUUAGGGGCUGCUAGCAUCGGAAAGGGACUUGGAGGAAUGUUGUUCUCAAGAUUUGGACGUUCAUCCACAUCACAGCCAUCUGACCCAUCAAAAGAGUCAAUGGAAGACGAGAAGAAGCCAAUUUCUUCACCUCCUACUACCACUGUGGCAACCCAGACCCUUCCACAUAGCAGUUCUGGCUUUCUUGAUUCUGCAUAUUUCAGACUUCAAGAAUCGUUCUAUUAUCUCCCACAACUUCUUUUUCCGGAAAAUGUAAUGCAGAAUAAAGAUAAUAGCCUCGUGGAAUUGGAUCACAGGAUUGAUUUUGAGCUCAGAGAAGGCCUUGUGGAGAGCCGCUAUUGGUCAGCUGUCACGUCGCAUACUGCCUAUUGGUCAUCUUUGGAUGUGGCCCUCUUUCUGUUAACCUUCAUGUAUAAACAUGAGCACGAUAAUGAUGCAAAACCCAAUUUAGAUCCAAUCUGAACUCUUGAAGGACAUUAAUGGCCCAAAACUGAUUUUUUUUUUCUGUUAAAAUGUGUAUGUCAAGAUACGGAGAUUCCAGGAUUAAGUAUGUUCCAGUUUUGUUUAGGGAAAGAAAUGUUUGAAUUUAAAAGCACUUUAUUUUUUAAAAAAGAAAACAAAUUUUCAAUCUAAAACAAGUUACUUAUAGUUUCCAUCAUUUUGAGUAUCAGUCACUGCAUAGAAAGUGCAGUGACUAUCAGCCACAGGAAGUGACACAACACCCUGUGUGAGGAAGGCUUGGAUGAACUGUGUGUAGUUACCAUCACUACCUAAUUUCUGCAGAGUAUAAAGAUGUACUGAUGCUGUGAAGUCUCACACAUAAACCUGAACCACUGUAGGUCCACAAUGGCAGCGGUCCAGUGGAUCCUAGCUAAAGAUUGCAAAUGGUAUCAUUGUUGAGAUUUCCAUGAAAGUUUCCACAAUUCUUUUGAGAGACUAUAACGGAUUUUAAAUGUUUUAAAAGUCUAAUGCUAAAACAAUAAUUGAACUACUGUAUUUAUAAUUUAUUAUUGACUAAAUGCUUUAUUUCACCAUUUGAAACAUUACAUUUUUUAAUGUUUCCUUUGAACAAACUUAAGAACCACAUUUAUUUUCUAGAGUAUGAAGACCCCUUUUCUCCAUCUUUGUACUCUUCAGAUGAAUAUAUGACACUGUGGCAGAGUCAGUAUUUUUUUUUCAUUAAAAACUUGUGGCUUCACACAUUAGUUCACUUAUUUUAAAAUAAAGAUGAACUUUUUAUUAUGUCAUAUGUACCUCAGAGAAAGUUAAAUUUUUUCUAAGCUUGACAGAGUACUCCACAGAGGGUACAUUUCAUCAACUUUACUAGAAAAUUAGAAAACACCUUUGGAAUAGGAAAUACGACAACUAUUUCAAACGCAUUCAUAUUUGUGUGCCAAACAGUUAAGAUGAAGCACUGGAGUGCCACUCACAUGUUACCCUGAUGUGAUGACGAAAGCAUGGGAACCCAGCAGAAGUGGUGCGGCGGGGUGCUGCGGGGCGUCCUUGGUGUCAUUGUCCCCACAGUGCUUUCAUCUGAGGAGCUCAAAGUGCUUUAAGGUGUCCCUUCAGUAAUCUGUAUGCUAGCUCCUAGAGGUAAGUAAAUGAGUGUUAUUGUCCUGUAACACAUUAAUGCAUCGAGGCACCGAGACGGCUCGUGCCUGUGUUAGAUCACAUAGCCUAAUCGGCAAAGCUUGGAUUGAAGCCAGACCUCCGUGUGGUGUUCAGUGACUGGUGACUCACAUGUGACUUGUGGACUGCGGACAACAGAAAGUGAAGAAACAAUCAAGAAACCAGUACGUUACCCUCCAUGUGUGCUCUCGGGCUCUCACACACAGAGUUCCGUGGAGCAGGGUUAAGUAGCCAUCUCUGCCACAGCAGCCCUCACUUCUGAGUGGUGUCCACUAGGUUCCACUCAAGGUGCUGUCUUUACUUAGCUUUAGCUCACAAAGAAGAAAUCAUUUCUUUUCUGGCAGUACUGGGGAUUGAACUCAGAGCCUUGUGCUUGUUCCACAAGCACUCUACCACCUGAGCCAUACCCCCAGCUCUGCCCGGAAUUUCUUAGCUUCCCAGUAAUCCUUGUCAGAUGGGAGGAGAGUUGGCCAGGCACCCAUCUUCCCUGCUCCUUUCUUAAUAAUGCAGUAGAGACUGGCUGGCUUCUAGGUUCUACUCCACACCAUCAGUACUGUUGGCUAUUUUGGCCUUCCAUUGAAUUUGCACAACAUAAAGAGCACUUUUUAGUGUUUAAAAAAUUCUUAAGUCCCCAUGACCAAGUACAUGACUCACUAAGAAACCCUUGCUAUAAAAGGCUUUUGAUGAGAUCUUAGCAAAGCUGAAGCAAUCUCUUGAAUUUAGAGAUUCCUAGGAACUCAGGUCAUUUUCAUAACCUGUUUAUUUUGUAGGUCUAAUUUAGUUCUCAGGAAAAUUAAACCCAUGUUGUAUGACUGUAACAUUAAGGGUACUUGAACAUAUGUUGCUGUAGGUGGUAUGACACUCAAAUGCCUAAGAACUGGAAGGAUUCCUCCUCAACCACUGGAAUGUGAAAAGACCAUUUUACCUUAAAAGAAUGGAAUCCCAUGAAGCGUUUUCAUUUGAUACCAUUGAGUAAAAAGAAAAGUAUGUUCCCAUGCCCAAAAAGAAUAUAUCUGCUUCCUUUUCUUCAUAUUGAGGAAACAAAUUGAUUUCUUGGAAAGAGCAACAUUCAAUUUCCCUCCCCUUUCAGAAUAGAUGUUCUGAAUUACUGAACCAGUGUGUUUGUUUCUAAUUCAUUAUUUCAUUAACAGAGAUGGUAAUUUUGGAUUUACAAUGCUCUUGUUUUGUGUCUCUGCAUGUGAUCAUGGGAUGUACUUGUAUAUACUCAAGUAAUAUUCAGAGUGUGAUUCUGGCUCGAUUUAGAAGCUAAGUCAGUUUCUGAGUAACAUUUUGCAAUUUUAUUCAGCAACUACUAAAAUUGGCCAAAAGAAGUUCUGUUUUUGAUACUAUUAAAAUUUUAUUCUCUA